AAAUGAUUCCCCUCGCUGACACACCCUGAAUCAUUUUUCGAGGCACCUGAUUGGUCUCCCUCGGAGCUCGUUCUGCUGGAGGCUUUUUCCGACCACUUCCGACCAUUAAGAUUCAUAUUCAUGAAAAAGAAGUUCCACAGUAGGUUUUUCAGCCAAUAACAUCGUACUGGUAUUGCCGCCAAACCUAAUACCAUGAUCAAGAAAUAGCACAGCUUAAAAUCCCUCGGCCGCUCCUCAAAUGCCGCCGAGAACUUAUAAUCCACCGGGAUCUUGACCUUCGACAGAUUCACCAUGACAAACUACCCUCCCUCGGGCAUCGAAUACGGCACUCGCAAUUCAUCGCACACAGAAGUGAAGCGGUUGAUCUUCAAAACCAUACUCUUGCGCGAAGCGUCCCAAAAGCCGAAUUCUUCCGCUCGCGAGAAUCAUACAGCGCAGGCUUCUUGCAAAGGUGCCGGACUGGUGUAACAGAUUCUUGUAUGGGCUGCGCUAACAUAUUUGAUAAGGUAGGCCGGGCCGAUGAGGAAGCCAAGACGCCAGCCGGUGACAUAGAAAGUCUUCCCAGCCGAGCAGACGGUCAAGGCCAAGUUGGAGAUUUCGGGGCUCAGUGCUGUGUGGUGUGCGUCAUGGGUAUGUAGGAGAGACUGUCGUAUGUACCCCCAUCGACAAGCUGCUUCAUACUCCCAGAGUCAAUGUAUGAAACCACUCCAAAGAAGUGAAUACUUCGUCGCUUAGGAUUAGGAUGUAAUUCCGCAGUGUCAGGUCUGCGAUGACAGAGAGUUCUGACCUAGAGAAGAUCUUGCCAACGGGGUUGCGGGGCGUGUUGAUGAUUAUCAUCUUUGUCUUGGAUGAGAUUGUGGCAGCUAGGACGUCGAGAUCAA